GUAUUUACGCACGGCGACGCGAUGAGUCUCUGGUUGUCUCCGCGCGCUCUCCUGACCUCACUGUGCCUCGUUCUGCCUUUAAGCUGUUGUGGGAAAGCGUCGACCUUCGAGCUGACGCUUCUUCACACUAACGACAACCAUGCCCGCAUCGAGGAGACCAGCGUGGAUUCUGGAAAGUGUCCAGACGGGGCUCCCUGCUUCGCCGGGGUCGCCAGGAGGUUCACCAAAGUGUUGGAGAUCCGCAAAAAGGAGAAGAAUGUUCUGUUUCUGGACGCCGGGGACCAGUUUCAGGGGACUGUGUGGUUUUACUACUACAAAGGAGCAGAAGCAGCGCACUUCAUGAACAAACUGGGCUAUGACGUGAUGGCUUUUGGGAACCACGAGUUUGACAACGGAGUGGAGGGUCUGAUCCAGCCCUUCCUCCAGAGUGUGAACUUCUCUGUGGUCGGUGCCAACAUCAAACCUGACGACACUCUGGCAGCAAAACUCAGUGGCCUCUACAAGCCCUACGUGGUCCUCAGCGUGGGCUCAGAGAAGGUGGCCGUGGUCGGAUACACCACCACAGAGACGUCCGUCUUAUCCAUGCCAGGCCAACACCUGAAGUUUGAGGACGAGGUGAAGGCUCUGCAGGUUCAGGUCGAUAAGCUGGAAACUCUGGGCUACAAUAAGAUCAUCGCUCUGGGGCACUCCGGCUUUGACGUGGACCAAGACAUCGCCAGGCGUGUGAGAGGGGUGGAUGUUGUUAUCGGCGGACACACCAACACGUUCCUCUACAGUGGAACACCUCCGUCCACUGAGCUUCCAGCAGGUCCGUACCCUUUCAUGGUGAAGUCCAACGACGGGAGAGACGUGCCCGUGGUGCAGGCCUUUGCCUUUGGAAAAUAUCUGGGAUACUUAAAAGUCACCUUUGAUGCUGCUGGGAAUGUUGUGGAAGCUAAAGGGAACCCCAUCCUGAUGGACAGCAGCAUACCUGAAGACUCGGGCGUCCUCGCUGAUGUGGAGAAGUGGAAGCAGGACUUGUCUCGGUUCUCUUCCCAGUACGUCGGACAGACCUUAGUCUACCUCAACGGGACGUUUGAAGAGUGCCGAUUUCGGGAGUGUAACCUCGGGAACCUGAUCUGCGAUGCGAUGAUUUAUCACAACAUUCGGUAUCCCAGCGAGCUGCAGUGGAACCACGUGGCCAUGUGUAUGCUGAACAGCGGCGCCGUGCGGACGCCGAUAGACGAGCGCUACAAGAACGGUUCCAUCACCAUGGAGGAGAUCCUCAACGUCCUGCCAUUCGGAGGAACCUUUGACUUGGUCCAGAUAAAGGGAGCAACAGUGAAGAAGGCGUUUGAACACUCUGUUCACAGAUAUGGAGGCAUGUCUGGAGAAUUUCUUCAAGUCUCAGGCAUUCACGUGGAGUAUGACCUCUCCAAGCCGGCCUACCAGCGCGUGGUGUCGGUGUCGGUGCUCUGCACAAAGUGCCGUGUGCCCAAGUAUGAAGCGCUGGACCUGCAGAAGACGUACAGCGUGGUGAUGCCUUCGUACAUGGUGGACGGAGGGGACGGCUUCACCAUGAUCAAGGAGGAGCUACUGAAGCAUAAUACAGGCGAUAUGGACAUUGCGGUUUUCUCCGAAUACAUCUUGGACAUGCGGCGCGUGUACCCGGCGGUGGAAGGUCGCAUCACGUUCAGGAACUCGGCCGUCCUCGCAGUCCACAGCCUCGGCUUACUGCUGCUGUGUCUCUACCUGACUCUCUGAUCGGCUUUCCCACAGUCUGGGAAAUAAACGGAGGGGUUUGGAAACGCCUCCAGGACGAGGAUAACUACAAGACAGCAGGACUGCAGGUUCAGCCUGAGGCUAGAGUUAAUAUCCAGGCAGGGACUGAUUGUAACCCACUAACAAGCCUCCAGUCCCACAAAGAAACGCACUGGGCAAAUCUUGUUUACUUAAAUCUUACACAAAAAAUGUGCAUAAAAAAGCAAAGAUGUACCAAACAUUAGCAAACGGCCGCUCUAGAAGUGCAUGUAAGUCAUUCACUGACAUUUAAAAACAUAUAAAUGAGAUUCUCCUUAACCUGAUGAAUGCACUGUUGCGCUCCGUCUUUGAUUCCAGACAACAGACGGGACAACUUCUUAGUGGAACAAAGGGAAGGCUUCCCGGCAGCUAUGAAUCUCACCCCUUCCACUGAACAUUAGAAGCAAAUCAAAGCCCCGAGUGCUUCACGCACCGGAUUCUGUCUUCAAUUGUUCUUUUAUCUCAAACUUUCUCCCGUCCAGGUCAUUCAGCGCCACGCACUAAGAGUCCUACAGCUGUCAUCAGGCUACAGUGAAAUAUUACUGACAUGACCUGUGUGUAGGACGAUGAUUUGUGUUUGCUGAGGGCAGUUUUCUGAGCACUGAGCAGACAAACGUUCGUAUCCAUGCAUCUGCCUUUUGGUGUUAAAAAGGGAUCUUUGUAAAGUCUUUUUGUAAGGUUGUUGUAAUAAACUGAGAAUGGGAAGUAAAC